UCUAUUUUGUUUUAUGGUUAAAGAGCCGUUGGUGGUAAAACAGAAGGAAGACAUGGGUUUAGCUUCAACAAGAACUCCUAUAUUCUGCUCCCUCGUGAGCUCCACUGACACUCCUCGUCUCUCUUUUGGAAGGCCAACUGAUCAGCCAUUUCAGUUUCUCUCAAGUUCUCAUUCUUCUUCUUCUUUUAAAAAAUGCAAGCUAAACCUUCGGAGAUCAGAUGCAAAGAACAUAGCCAGAAGAGUAAACUGUAGCUUACUAAAAGUGGAAGAUGGUUUAGAUGACGACGCAUGCGAGUUGGUCAGUGGAAAAGAACUUUCAAUCGAGGAGGGUGAUGACAACAUCCGUGCUUAUCUCUUCAAAGCAGUAAAGAACAAUAAUGGAACUGGGAUAUUGCUCUUGUCUGAUGUUUAUGGAUUUGAAGAUUCAGCAACGAGAGAUUUCGCGUAUCGCGUUGCUUGCAACGGUUACAAUGUACUAGUUCCAGACCUAUUCCGUGGAGAUCCAUGGGCAAAGCAUCGACCGAAGGACGUGUUUGAACAAUGGAUAAGGAAACAAGACCCUGAGAGGGUUGCAAAGGACAUUGCCACAUCAACAAACUGGAUGGUUAAUGAAUUUGUAGCUGCAGGGAUCUCAAAGAAGCUUGGCCUGAUAGGAUUUUGCUAUGGAGGCGGCAAAGUUAUCGACGUGCUUUCUCGAGAUCAGGGCACCUAUUUUGGCAUUGGGGUGUCCUUUUAUGGCACAAGGAUAAACCCAACUUUAGCCUCCAAUGUGAAGGUACCUGUGCUGUUUAUUUCAGGGGAUAAUGAUCCACUUUGUCCGAUAAGUUUGCUUGAGGAUGUUGAGAAGAGAAUAGGCAGAGGCUCUAGGGUCGAAAUUUUCAAGGGUAGGGGUCAUGGCUUUGUGCAUCGGCCUGAAUCUCCAGAGGAAGAUGGAGAUGCAGAGCAGGUUUUUUUCAUGACUAGAAACUGGCUAUAUGAUGGCUUGGUUGCAGUGAACUCCUAAAUUGUAAAACACUCUUGUGUGUUCCUUAUAAAGUUGUCUAUGAGUCGUCUAUAAACACUCCUGUAUUUUCCAAAAUCAUCAUGGAACCAUAGAAAAGUUGAAGGUGGCACUUCUAGAUUCACGCAUCUUCUCAACGCAAAUGUUUAAAUUUUCACCUAUAGUUUGAAUUUAUUUGCAUCAAUUAUCAAAUUAGAAAAUCUAGUGAUUUGAUAGUUUUGGGUAACAUACCAGCGGAUUUGGCUGUUGUAAUGU